CCUUUCUUUGUUUCGAACAUUUCUUCUUUUUGCGUCGUCGUCGUUUUUGUUGGCUUGGAGGUUGCAAUGGAUGCGUUCGUCCUUCGGGACCGUUCUCGGGGUGGACGGUUUUCACGACUGUGUCCAAUCACGGAGAAAGCGCCGCCGCCGCCAUCUUCUUCGGCGGUGAAAAAUCAGAUCCGUUCCGUUUGGAUCCGAUCGGUUCAUCGCCCCGAGCCUCCUUUCCACCGUGCGAGGGCGUUGUCUGCGUGGGCACGACCAACGGCUCCCACCAGGGCGGGAAUGCAUCGUAUCCCGUCUCCUGGAACGGAACGGCCGGAACGCGGUUGGAAUCGCACACGACGGUGCCGGGCUAUUCCUCUAAUCUCACCGCGGAGGCGGACCUGGCACAGAUCACCUACUAUAUCUGGACGGACGUCUUCUUUGGCGACGAGUCUCUCGGGCGAAUGUACCAGCUGGUCGCGCAGCUGAUUCUCGGAUCGGCACUGGGAACGUCGGAUCGGGGCGAAUCGCUGUCUCCCCGCGCGGACGGUUGUUAGGAGUUUGCGAGGUGGCUGUCGGGUCGCGGAGGUUCACGACCGCCAGAGGCAGACGGUGCUUGCCGAGAUCGGUGUGGUAUGUGGAUCGUGCGAGCGCCAAGCCGUAGCACAAACCCCAAUGCCCUUGGGUUGCCUCGAGUGGGUCUGUUCGGGUUAGUCCUAAGUACAGUAUGGCAAAAUGAUCACUAGUAGUGUACAGUAUUGUUACCCACUGGCAUCGUCGAUUAUGUAUAGCCGCCAUCUUGGUGUGAACCGGGUUCGAUGGAUUCGGCAAAACAUCGUGCAAAGCGCUAUGACACGGCCCACAACGGGCAAAACGCUCCGGCCGCUUCGGAUCGGUUCUGCCACCCCUCGCGCUCCCGGGUCGACGGACCGGAAACCCCCGGCCCCGCGGAGGAGAUGGAUGGAUGGAUKGAUGGAUCGAUCGAUCGCAGCGGUGGGCCUUUCCCGCACCCGCGUGCAUCGAGCGAACGGCUCACGCCGCGCCCAGGAGCAGGGAGGCCAGAAGGGCCGCCGGGAGGACCCCCAGGCAAAAGCCCAGGCCCAGGUGCAGGCCCAGGGACCACGGCGGGUCCUUCUCGAAGGGGGCCAGGCAGGCCUUUCGGAGGGGCAUUCCUUGUGGCGCGGUGGAAACGUACAGGGCCAGGGCCCAGGUCGCCGGCCCGGCGGUGGCCACCAGCGCAGCAACCACGGGACCCACGGCGGAAAAGGAAACCAGGAGCGGCCCGGAGGCGACCAGCCCGCAGGCCCCGAGGUCGUAGAGCGGGUGCUCGGGGAGCCACCCGAGGGAGGCCUUUGGGUCGGCCGGCGGGGGACAGGGGCUUCCGCUUCCUCCCCGGAGGGCCCCGACGUGGGUCCCGAAGCAGGCGUCGAAGUUGAUCCCCCCCGAGUAGUUGCACUCGCCGUACCGGUGGUGCAAAUAGUGGGCGAGGUCGGCCGAGAAGUGGUCCUCGUAGCCCGAGUGGGAGGCCGCCGGGGAGAGGACGGCGUGGAAGCCCGUCCAGAAGAGCAGAAAGGGCCAGUGGACGGCCCCCGACCAGCGAGGGGGGAGGAGGGCCGGGAGGACCAGGAUCGGCCCGUAGCAGGUGUAGUAGUACGCGUGCUCGACCGGGUGCAUCGCCAACCCCGAGAAGGGCUCCGUGUCGGUCGUCCGGUCGUGCAGCGAGUGGACGUACUUGUAGAGGCACCGGAGGUGGAUCAGCCGGUGGCAAAAGUAGAAGUGGACGUCCCGGUAGGGCGGGAUUGCCACCGAGAGCAGCAGGGUCCACACGAGCCCGGCCGCGGUGGUGGUAGUAGUGGUUGUGGCAGUGCCUUCCUGCGGAAGGGGGAGCCCCCCGGUCCGCCACAGGUGCACAAAGGCCCCCUCGACGAGGGUCCACUGGGCGAUCCCCAGCACGGUGUACAGAGCGUUGUGGAGGACCUUUCGGGCGUUGUAGGUGCGGUUGGGGACAAAGGGCCGCUUGCAGAUCCCGUGCCCGUACAGGACCCAGUGCCAGAAGCCGAUGUAGGCCAGCGCGAAGCAGAGGUUGACCGGGAGGCGCUCGAGCAGGGCGUCUAGGGGCCGAAAGCCCCCCGUUGGUGGCUGAUGCUCUUGUUGCUGCUGCUGCUGCUGCUGCUCCAGGUCGUAGGGGGCCACCCACCAGCAGCAGAGUGCCAUUGCAAACCACGUGGCGUUGGGGCUGUAGAGAAAGGCGGACCCGGUGAGGAUCGACCGGAGUGUCUCGCGGAGGGUGGCCGGAGGCGGCGGGACCGCCGUCCCCGGAAGCUUCGGGGCAUCGGAGGUGGCCGUCGUUGCCCCUGUUCCGUCCGACCGGAAGAAGGAUCCGUGGGAGAGGCCCCCGAGCCCGCUCCACCAGGCGUCCGUCAUGCUUUUGUCGCCGCCAAUCCGGGCAUGCGAUGCGAUUGGAUGCGAUGCGAUGCGUUGCGUUGCGGUGGGCUUGGACUCUCCUUUCAAUCGGCAGCGCGGGUCUUGUUUCGGUGCUUUACAACCAGAUGCCUGCGUUCUGUUUCUUUUUUUCUUCCUCGUGACUGACACCCUCCGAAGCGUCGUCAAGAUUUUUUCGAAGUUCCUUGUGGUUGUUCGGUACGGAUACUCUCGUACCGUACGUACCCUACCGUACUGUAUUCCAGGCAUACGAAAGGGUGAGAGGUAGGAGGCAUGCGGAUACCUUUGACCCAUUUGACUCCUAUAUUGACGUUCAGUGCCGGACAGCACAGUACGAGUACAACAUACGUACGGUACCGUACCAACAGCACCGUCGACGAGUUCCCAAAUACGAAAUACGUCCCAAUGCAACGAACGGUUAGGAAUACUGGUAUCGAGUCUUACGGAAGGAAAAGCAACGUUGGAGUAGUAUUACUCAUACGCAAUCUACGUAGGUAGAAGUGGCAUUGCGGCGAAGGUCUUCGCGGAUGGGUUUUUGUUGUGGUUAUUAAAAGAACGAUCAUUUC